AUGGCUGCGCUGAUUCCUGCACCAUCAGUACGAUGCAAGAGCGGCGUCGCGAUCAGGCCUGCCUUGGCGCGGAACCCUCUGCUACUGGCCAAGAGAGGUGUGCCGGGCUCCAGGAGAGGGGGAUCCAUCAGAUACAGGGGCUUCUCCGUGAAGGCGUCCGCCGUCUCGAGGCUCGAGGAUCUGCUCAACCUCGACGUCAACCCUUACACUGAAAGGAUCAUCGCGGAGUACAUUUGGUGCGUAAAAUCAAACACACGACAUUUUUUCCUUGCCUUCAAGCGAGAUGAAAUGAUUACUUCCUGUAGGGAUUAGCUGGGAGCUAGUAUAUUUUCGUAAUCUAGGUGUGGUUCUGGAGCUCGUUUGGCUGUCUAGGACCCGAUUAUUAUCUAGGUUUUGCUUAUCUUGUGCUCAUCACAGCUCGUCGGAUCUGUUCCGGCUCGUCCCUGUUUUCUGCUCAAAGUUGCUUCUCCUGCCCUCAUUUAACGGAAACCUUUUUGUACAGGAUUGGUGGAUCAGGGAUUGAUGUGCGCAGCAAAUCACGGGUGCGAAACUAGGAACUCGUCUGAUUCCUAUGAACUUUAAGUAGGAUAGGACGAUUAAGAGAAUUCGUUUUUUGUGUGAAAACGUCCUCCAAUUCUCUUGUAGACCAUCUCCAAACCUGUGGAGCACCCCUCAGAGCUGCCAAAGUGGAACUAUGAUGGAUCGAGCACGGGACAAGCUCCAGGAGAAGACAGUGAAGUGAUCCUCUAGUAAUAAAGCCCGCUCAUCUUUUGUUGGUUGUUGUGCUUUUUUGUUAUGAAUUAUUGAGUUCGUAGUGGGAAAUACACUGUUCAAUGAAUUGUUCUAAUUUGCACGAUCUGUCUGCAGCCCACAAGCUAUUUUCAGAGAUCCUUUCCGAGGGGGGAACAACAUCUUGGUGAGUAGCAUUUUGCUCAUUUAUUCAAAAUUUUUAAUUUUAUAUCCAAUGAAAAGCGACUUUGCCAGUGUAAAUGUCUGUAAUAUGGUGGAUUAAUCAACUCAUAUUAUGUUAUUAAUGGGACUUAAUUUUUGAAGGUUAUGUGCGACUCAUACACCCCUAAUGGAGAACCCAUCCCCACCAAUAAGCGGUACAGAGCUGCUCAGAUCUUCAGCGACCCAAAGGUUGUUGCUGAAGUCCCAUGGUAAUUGCUCUUCUUUUCCAAAAUCUUACUCUCCAAAAGAAUGGAGAGGAAGUGAAGUUUUUCGCAGAAGUUAAUAAAUACCAUAACUUUGUCCCAAAUAUGGGCUUUCGUUAUUGUUAUGUAAUGAAAUGUCUACAUGCUCUGUGUGCCAUUAGGUUUGGAAUUGAACAGGAGUACACCUUGCUCCAAUCAAACGUGAAGUGGCCUCUUGGCUGGCCUAUUGGGGGAUAUCCUGGACCCCAGGUAAUCACUUUGGCAGAUUGGUCCUUUUAGUUUAAAACCUGGUAAAAGUGGGAAGAAAGUGUGAAAAUGUUGUGAAAAGGAGAUAUAUGGAAGACGUGUGAUGCACAUGUAAUCUUAACAAGUAUAUAUCAUAUAAUACAUCCAUGAAAUCAGGAAUAACAAAUAAUCCAUCAAGUUGAAAAAUCUAUAUGUGAUUGUUUACAUUUUAGACCAGUUCUCAGGAUCAUAGUUUCUCUAUUCUUGAUAUGGCUCAUGAUAUGAGGGAAAAAUCGUCAUCUUAUCUAGCUCUAUCUUGGUGUUGUUGAUGUUCUUUCUUGUGUCCUAAUAAUCUUAGUUUCUUGAUGGUGCUUAGGGUCCCUAUUAUUGUUCAGCUGGUGCAGACAAGUCAUUCGGGCGUGAUAUAUCAGAUGCUCACUACAAGGCGUGCCUAUAUGCUGGAAUUAACAUUAGUGGUACCAAUGGAGAAGUUAUGCCUGGUCAGGUAUUCAUUACCCUUUUCUGUGAACCCAGAUGCCCCCCCCUCCCCCACUGUCACGUCUAUUAUUAUCAUACCACAUGCAUGAUGGCACACUUAUAUCUACUUUUACGUAUUACUUUGAAUUCAUGAAAAUUGAAGAUGCUAAUAAUGUGAUUGCAUCUAUGUAUAUCAGCUAUUCACUGUUUAACUUUAAGAAGAUGAAGAUGCUAAUUUGCUUCGUACAUUGUGAUAUAGUUAACAUCUUUUCUUCUUGGUCGUCACUUUAAGAUCUUCUUUUGCAGUGGGAAUAUCAAGUGGGUCCAAGUGUUGGAAUUGAUGCAGGGGAUCAUAUAUGGGUUUCCAGAUACAUCCUCGAGGUAAUUUUUACUGCAAAAAGAAGUAUUUUUAGAUGAAGACAGUCCAAAACCUUUGAAAAAUAGCAGCUCCCGAAUAUCCAACUGACCAAAUGAUUUCUUAUAACAUACUCUAUUUUUCUUUGACAAAUAUGCCAUCAGCCGUUGAGGUUUUCCCAGAAUUAUUCGUAUGUCCGUUUGAUGACUAAUGUCGAUAGUUUAUAUGAUUCGUGGAACGCACAAGCUCUUGAGGCUUAACACUCACAUUGUCCAAUGUCGAUCCGUGCUCGUUGAGAUCAAAAUAAAAACAAGGAAAUAAAGGCUAUCAAUGUUUUCUUCUUCACUAUAGCUUUGUGCAAGACCUAAGCAGCUUGAUGGCUUAAUCCUUUUGGUACAUUAAGCCAUGUAUCUCUCAAAAUAACUUUUUAGUCGUGUACGAAAAACAGAAAUUACAAUUGUAUAUGUGCAGUCGACUUGAUGAACUGGCACGGACUAUUGAUCUCCUAUUUCCAAUUUUUCAGAGAAUCACAGAACAAGCGGGUGUCGUGCUUUCUCUAGAUCCUAAACCCAUUGAGGUACUUUAUUAAUACAAUGUAUUUUUCAAGAUGAUCUGAUCUCUUGAUUAUCUUCACUACUAAAUCCGCUGUGCAAUUACAUUCUCUGAGCUGUAGGGUGACUGGAAUGGUGCUGGAUGCCACACCAAUUACAGGUAAUCCUUCAUGCGAUUUAUCUAUUGCAAAGAGGUCUUCCGUUUAUGAUGCGUAUAAAAUUAAUGACGUCCUCUGUUCCACACACACACACACACACAAAAGAAUGGUUAUCAAAAUUAGAUGAUUGGAUAGAGUAUUACCAAGAAGAAAAACAGUGACUUAGAACUUCCAAGGUCUAGAUAGGGAAAUUAUAUGCUGGACAAGUCUUUGCUAACACCAGGUUAAGGCUCUAAUUUUCUUGCAUUUACUUUUCUUUCUUUGAAUACUAUGCUUAAUUAUCUGUUAAUUACAGGGUAUUGAAAGAAUAUGACGCUGAAAUGCUCUUUUGUUUGUGAAAGAAGCUACCCAUGUGAUGGCAUUCAGUUAUAAUAGUGCCUCAACGCUGAACUCUCUAAUGCAGCACAAAGACCAUGCGAGAGGAUGGAGGAUACGAAGCCAUUAAGAAGGCUGUUGGCAACCUCUCGCUCCGUCACAAGGAGCACAUCAGUGCAUAUGGAGAAGGAAACGAGCGGCGGCUGACGGGCAAACAUGAGACUGCCAACAUCAAUACCUUCUCUUGGGUAUGCCCAAAGAACCCAGUGCUAAAUAAAAUCGUAGGCUGCUGCAGCGUCCGGUAUUCUGUGAGAAAAAUAUUCUCUCUGAUCCGUUGCCCAUUUCGCUAUUGAUUGACAGGGUGUUGCCAACCGUGGUUGCUCGGUCCGUGUGGGACGGGAGACUGAGAGGCAGGGCAAAGGUGUGUUCAUAUUUAUUUGGUCGUAUAUAUCAUCUUGGGCGUCGCCAUUCCUCGGCUGAUGAUCUGAUUUUUUCUUUUUUUUCUUUUUUUUUCGGCAAUAUAGGGUACUUGGAAGAUCGCCGCCCAGCGUCCAACAUGGACCCAUAUGUGGUGACUUCACUGCUGGCGGAGACGACGAUCCUGUGGGAGCCGACGGUGGAACCGGUUCCCUCCCAGAAGGUGCAGUUGAAAGUCUGA